UGUGCCAUAACCGGAAGUGGCGUCAUGAAGUACAAGAGUAAUAACAACAACGUCGCUGUUAGCGGUGUCAGCGAGGAGCUGCACGAGGCUGCGGGAAUAACUGGUGCGGAGCGGCGGAAGAAGUCGAUUGUCAUAGACCUCAGCCAUUGAGAUUUGUAAAAUACGCACACUGGAAGUAAAAACCAUAAGGAAAUACUUUACAUAAAGGACUCAAAUAAUGGAAUCGUCAACAAAUCUAGAUGUUGAUGCCCAGUUAAUUGUGGAAGACUGUGCUGGCAGUUAUAGCCUGUCUCACAUGCCAGAUAUUAAAGUGGAGCACCACCUCGAUUCUAGUGUUGAGGAAGGACCAACUCAGAGUGUUGCCAUGGGAAUGAAAUUCAUUUUGCCCAAUAGGUUUGAUAUGAAUGUGUGUUCUCGGUUUGUUAAGUCUUUGAAUGAAGAAGACAGCAAAAACAUUCAAGAUCAAGUGAACUCUGAUCUUGAAGUGGCAUCUGUAUUAUUUAAAGCUGAGUGUAAUAUCCAUACUUCUCCUUCUCCUGGGAUUCAAGUAAGACAUGUCUAUACUCCAUCAACUACUAAGCAUUUUUCACCUAUAAAACAAUCAACCACUUUAACUAACAAGCACAGAGGAAAUGAAGUUUCUACAACACCUUUGCUUGUAAACUCCCUGUCUGUUCACCAGCUGGCAGCUCAGGGGGAAAUGUUGUAUUUGGCUACACGCAUAGAGCAAGAAAAUGUAAUCAACCAUACAGAUGAAGAAGGCUUUACUCCUCUGAUGUGGGCAGCAGCUCACGGGCAGAUAGCAGUGGUAGAAUUUCUACUUCAAAAUGGUGCAGACCCACAGAUCUUGGGGAAAGGACGAGAGAGUGCACUGUCAUUGGCCUGUAGUAAAGGAUACACAGAUAUCGUCAAGAUGCUGCUUGAUUGUGGUGUUGAUGUCAACGAGUAUGACUGGAAUGGUGGUACACCCUUGCUCUAUGCUGUACAUGGAAACCAUGUGAAAUGUGUCAAAAUACUCUUAGAGCACGGUGCAGACCCAACUAUAGAGACAGAUUCUGGGUAUAAUUCCAUGGAUCUGGCUGUAGCCCUGGGCCAUCGUAGCGUUCAACAGGUUAUUGAGUCGCAUUUAUUAACUCUCCUUCAAAACAUCAAGGAAUAAUGGCAUUGCAGUUAUGGAACAAGACUUCGUAUGUAAAGAUUUGGACUUUGUUUUAGCACUGAUCAACAUCAUAAAGACUUGGAUUUAUUUAUUUAUUUUUAAAUCGAUACCUUUCUCCAAUCUUGAGGUGGGGAUAGGAAGACUCUCAUUACUUACCAUUUCAGAGUGAAAAUUGGCUAAUUAUAAGUAAUGGUGCAUUCUUCACUUGCUAGCCAAACCUGAGCUUUUCCUGCUGACAUGCACAUGUUUAUGAGGUACUGGCUGUGUAGAUAGAACUGUUAGCAAUCUCCAAGCCCUGGCCUAGACUGUGAUCGGCCUUUCUCCUCUGCCAUCCUGUCGGUUUAUCAUCCCAGCAGGACUCCGUAUCCAAAAUGGCUUGGGAGAUAAGAAAUUCUCUAGGCUAUGUUUGGCCAAGAAGGUAGGUGCCAAAUAUCAAGCACCUUACAUGGCUUGAAAGUUGGAUUCAGGAAAGCUUUCUGAGACUUUGCUCAGUCUAUGUUCUACAUUCCUUCUUUCUUUGGUAGGAUUUUAACACAAUUCCAUUUUAUAUAUUUGACUGAUGUCUGUAGACGUUUAUAAAACCAAAUCUAUCCUAUUUGUAAAUAUUUCAUGUAAUGCAACAUGAUGUUGUAUAUUUGGGGGGGGGGAAGGAAUUACGGAGUUCUUGAUGUUGUAUAAUACCAUACCUCAUUCUGUCUGACGCCUUAUGUCGUUUUAUACACUUCGACACUUUUUAAGUGGAUAACAAAUCUUCAGAAAGUAUUAAAUCAUACAAAAUGAUACUUGGAAUACUGCAGCGAUACAAAUGCUCCAUAAAUUAAUUCAGCUGGUGCCAGGGAAGGCACUGCAAGGUGCAGCUCAAGUGAUUUUGUUUUUUAAUAUAGGUACCUAGCCAGUUCUUGGGUGGGUAUAGGAAGGUUUCCUUCUAAUUAUGCUUUAACCACAACCUUUUGAGCUGGCCUACCAAUGUUAUUAGUAGGGAUGUUGAAGAAAUCUGCAACAGAUUCAAAUGAGUUCAGGUUUCUGUGACUCUUAACUUGUGGAUUCUGUAGCAGACCAACUUUUAUUGAAGCGUGUAGAUUCUGCAGACUGGUUUGUUUACUUUUGGGGAUUUGCGCAAGUUCGCACUUAAGAAAUGACAUGGUCAUACAUCCCUAAAAAGAUCAACAGAUUCAGAUUCCAUCAACAAGUGGACAUUGUUGUCUAUAGCUCCAAGCAAUAAAGUUACUACUCCUGUCCAUGAUGGAACAAAAGAUGCCUGAUAAUCCACAAAACAGAUGGAUUGGAUUGAACAAAAUCCAUACAUCCCUAGUUAAUAGCAAGCAAAACUGUUUAGUAGCCAGCGAGGGGCUGGCUGAGGGACAGAAAGCUUGAUCCCUGCAUUUCUAUGCUGGAUAUGGAGCAGCUAGUACUACACUACUGUUGUAUUUGUUAGACCUUUCCAUCGUCAUCAGAAAAAUGGAAGUUGCCUUAGCCACUAGUUCAUCCGGAGCUUGUUUUGAAACUUGUUUCAUAAUGGUCCCCCCCCCCCCCAGUGCUUUAUUUGUUCCUAACAGAGAGGAGAGAAAGUGGUGCAGCCCCCUUGGGACUGUGCUUCAGAAUGCAGGUAAGAAAAUUGACUGUACACUUGCGUUAAAAAAACAAUCCAUUUAUAGAAAUACCACUCCUCAGAGAGAAAUGUAGGUCAUUUCAGUAAUUCUCUCCUAUCUCCUGCAUAUCUAUGAACAGGGUAGUUUCAAUAAUCUCUCACCUACGUUCUAAAGUGGUAACGUUCCAGCACCACAUGCACUUUCUGGUCAGCUAGAGUAGAAUUAGCUCCAUGUGGUGGAGAAGGUAGACUGACAUCUAAACAAAUACACCUUUAGCCUUUCUGAAAUUUUGAAAUCCACAGGCGUUAACAUGAUUCUCUACUCCAGGUCAAGACUUAUACUCAGCAUAUGGGCAGAUUGUUAUUAUAUGUGCAGAUCUGACCCAAGAAUAUAGACUUCAUGCUCGCUUUCGCCUGUCACAGCCAAAGAGCCAAGAUGUUCAAAUGCCCAAUACUGUGACCUUCUGAUGGCUACAGGCUAUGGAGUAACAUAUGCAUGAAAAUGCACUGAGUAUAAGGUGGGGAUUUAGCGAAGAACCAUCUGAAACAGACCAGGCUGUCUCAUUCCUGUGCUUGCUCCAAUGAAAAAGAGUUAACAGUAAAUAUGUUUGAACAAAAGGACUUCAUUUUUAGAUAGUGGAGUGUGUGGUCAAAGCCUAACAGCAAGGGCUAGGAUACUAACGGCACUUAGUUGGAAUUAAAGUCCACUGAAACUUCCAA